AUGUGGAUGUGCCUGGUUUUUCAAACAUUGACUUCAUUCCAUUUGGAUCAAUUCCUACCCAAAGACGUCAAAUCACUCUGGGCAGGACAUCAUCUGAACGUGGCUCUCCCACUUUGGCAAGGCUUCACAGAUACAGAGGGAAACAAAAAUAUCAAAGAGGCAACCGGAGGCCGAGUUAACUUUCAGCAUCACCUCAAAUCUGAAGAUCCUUUUGUCCGAGCGUGGGCAGAAAAUGCCAGAGAUGCGUUCAACGACAUACGCAACUCACCAAAUCCAGCCCUACGAAAAUAUUAUCGAGAUAUUUUAGAAAAGCGGCUUGCCAAAGCCCGUAGGACUUGGGCUGCUAAGAAGGCCAAGAGAGCUCUGCAGGCUCUUUCGGGAACCAGAGAAAAGAUCACAGUAUCACACGGUGGUGGACAUGUCGAAGUCAAGAGUGUGUCAAAGCGCCUUGGACUGGACCUUCGGCAUAAUGAUACAGUUAUCAUCCAAUAUCACCUGACAGCUACGCAGCACCCGAAGCCUUAUGCAAUUAGGGCUUUGCCAACGGACCCCGCAAGUCGUCUUGGGGUUUCUAUCUGCGGUCAAGAUAGUAUGGGAGCCUUUCAUUGUUGGCUGGAAACAAAUGGAAGUUGCAAUGUUCUGAAAAUGAACUCACUGGUGGAUGUUCUCGAAGGAUUUUCUUUGGAACAAAGUAAGAAUUUCAAAAGGCGGUGGUUCACAAAAAAAGCUGAGAAUCUUCAGGGACAAAAGAAGCAGAAGGAUCAUGUGUACACUUAG